ACCCCUGCUGAGUCGAAGUAUCAUAGCUUCGAGCUCGAGUGUCUUGCUGCCGUGUACGCGUUAAAAAGGUAUCCAUGUAAAUCUACGACGACGGAAGAAACGAUGAAGCAUUUGAGCGAUUAUGUUCGCGCGUAUAGUAGACCGAGGCGUUUGAUAUCCAAUCGCGGUAUAUGUUUCACCUCUGAAGUGUUUAAAGAAUUUGUAAGAUCCGAAACAAUAGAGCAUGUCCUGGUAGCCGUAAGCACGCCCAGGGCGAAUGGGCAAGUCGAACGAUACAAUAGAAUGAUCACUCCUAUGCUUGCGAAGUUGUGUGAGGCACCGUCUAGGUGGGACCGUGUGUUAGACAAGAUCGAGUUUUCGAUAAAUAACACUGUGUGUCGCGUGACCGGCGAGACCCCGACGCGUUUGUUAUUUGGUAUAGAACAGCGAGGUCCCGCGAACGACUCGCUUCGAGAAAUAAUCGAAAGAAAUGUUAAUGUCGAGCAAAAUUUGGACGCACUCAGAGAAAAGGCGAGCAGAAAACUUAACGAGGAGCAACGCAAAGGCACUGAACGUUAUAAUUUAAGAAGAAAGGCGGCGCGCAAAUACAAAGUUGGCGAGUAUGUCGAGAUCCGUAACGUCGAAAAGGCGGCCGGAAUUAAUAAAAAAUUGAUACCAAAGUACAAAGGCCCCUAUAUGAUAAAGAAAGUCUUAGAUCACGAUCGUUACGUGGUGGUCGACGUUGAAGGCUUUCAAUUGACACAGCGACCGUAUACGGGAGUAUUAGCGCCGGACCAGAUGCGCCCUUACAUACAUUCUUAAGCGGUAUAAAUGUUAUUGUAAUUUAAUAAGUGCGUUAGUUUUAAGAUAACGAUUGACCGGGUCGGUCAAAUAAUCAGAAUGGCCGAGCUGUAGGCGUUUUAUAUAAGUCCGUUAGAAGAUAUUCGUUGUUGUGCGUUAUUAAUUCUAAGCCGACCUGGAGCAGUGUUUGCCCGCGAUAAUGUUUAGACGACCGGUUGUAUUCGUCUUUCGGCUUUUGACCGAAUGUGUUUAGACUGAACGAUCGUUAUAUUUUCGAGAACGCUAAAGGUCGGAGCGGGUUAUGGAGAGUCGGUGUGUUCACCACUAUCCCCCAGUUGUAAGUGAUUAGGAUUGGCUCCUCAUCGAGGAGUAGGAGAAUCAAGGAGAAGAAUAUAGAGAGCAGGAUCAGGGAGAAAAGCAGAGUCGUCUUCCCGCGCGUCUAAGAUUGUAACCGAGACAGAAUUCCCGACCGACUGUCCUGACAAGUGAUUAAAUAUAUUUCACUGAUCGAACAUUUUCACAAUUUAUUUGGCCAUCCGAAAAGAAUCCCCCACAAUGGAAAAUAUUUAAAUUUUCUAUAAGUAAUGUCUAUAUAUGAAUGUUCUCAUAGUAAAUUGAGAUAUAAACCUGUAGAAAUUUGCAAUGAAAAUAUAUAUCUCUAAAUAAUACACAAAAAUCAUCGACUUCUAGAUCUAGUAAAGUAAGUUUAAGAAAUGCAUAUCUUGUGUUUUCUCUGCAAGAAUUACAUAUGUGAGAAUCAUAUGUUGUACAGGGUGUAUCAGGACGAUACAGAGCGGUAUGACGGGUUGCGCGUCUGCCGGCAUCAGGGGCACGCUGCGUAGUCGUUAAUUAUAUAAGCUGACAUUACCGACUUAUCGAGUAGGUCGCGCGCUUUUCUCUCU